CCCGGAAGUGGCUGGCGCAGCGGCGGCCGGGAGCGGGGAGCGGAGCUGCGCGGCGGCCGCGGUUCCGGCGCCGGCGAGGCACCGCGCCGAUGUCGGGCUUCGACACCAACCCGUUCGCCGACCCGGUGGACGUGAACCCCUUCCAGGAUCCCUCGGUGACACAGCUGACAAAUGCUGACCAAGGUGGCUUGGAUGAAUUCAAUCCCUUUUCUGAGAGCUCCCAGCUGACAAAUGCAGCACGGACGACACCUGCAACACAGCCCUCUGGCCCCUCACAACCUGCUGUUCUGCAGACGUCUGUGGAGCCCACUCCGCAGCUGCUGCUUAGACAGGCCCGCAAGUACCUGAGUCCCAGGAUCGCCUCAUCCAAAGACCACUCAGAGAAGCAGAGGCUGCUAGGAGAAAGCUUCAGUUCUCAGAAUAGAAAGCAGGCUGUGGCUGCAGCAGCACAGGCUGGGCUCCUUCAGCAGCAGGCAGAAUUAGAGAGGAAGGCAGCUGAGCUGGAAAAGAAGGAAAGGGAAUUGCAAAGUAAUGCGGCUGGCAUUAAUCCUCGACAAAACAAUUGGCCCCCUCUUCCCAGAAAGUGUCCAAUCAAGCCGUGUUUUUAUCAGGAUUUCUCUGCAGACAUCCCAGCUGACUACCAGCGAAUAUGCAAGAUGCUUUAUUACUUGUGGAUGUUGCACUCGGUUACCCUGCUCCUAAACUUGCUUGCUUGCUUGGCAUGGUUCACAGUCCAGACAGACAGAGGAGUAGACUUUGGUCUCUCAAUCCUGUGGUUUAUUUUGUUCACCCCUUGUGCCUUUCUCUGUUGGUACCGACCAAUUUACAAGGCUUUCAGAUCUGACAGCUCCUUCAGCUUCUUCGUCUUCUUUUUCAUCUUCUUCUGCCAAAUAGCAAUCUACGUCAUCCAGGCUGUUGGCAUUCCUGGCUGGGGAGACAGCGGAUGGAUUGCAGCUCUGUCCGAGCUGCAUGGAAACCUGGCUGUGGCUGUUAUCAUGAUGGUGGUGGCAGGAUUCUUCACGCUGUGCGCGGUUCUCUCGCUCUUCCUCCUGAAGCAGGUGCAUUCUUUGUAUCGGCGCACAGGAGCCAGUUUCCAAAGGGCCCAGGAAGAGUUUUCCCAAGGCAUCCUCACCAACAGGGGCUUCCAGAACGCGGCGGCUGGAGUGACUUCCUCAGCUGCACAGAGUGCUUUCCGGGGAAACUAGCCCCUUGCGUGGGGGUCUCCACCUUGCUUCCUCUUGCAUCGUGACCCCAACCUUCCUUUUCUAAAGAUGCACUUUCUGUGGGUACCACGUUAGCUCUGUAAUGCCAACUCCAGAUGAGAAGAGGUCUUUUUUUUUUUUUUUUUUUUUUAAGCUUCAGCUGGCCUGCGUUUAUGAUGGUUAGGUUUUCCUUUCAUGUUUUAGGGUAUAGGGAGAUAAGAGACAUUCUCUAAAGCAAAUAUAUUUCUCCUUAUCCAGGACACGUUGAGUGUUUGUCUCACUUCCUCUCCUUGCCCUGUUUGCUGCAGAAAGGUGAAGGGAAGCAGGUUUUGAUUUUACUUAGUUUUCUCUUCUAAUGGCCUUUGCUUUGAAGAAUUUGGUUAUCUGCUGUUUUGGGGGUUUUGUAACUUGCAUGUAGUUUACAUUGUUAAUUUUAAGAGCAGGAACUGUUCUUUUGGUUUAUUACACUUACAUGAUGUUGCAUUUUUGACCUCUUAACUGCCCGGCUUCCUGAGAGUCUGGGUAACGUGGCACAAACGAGAACGUGGGAGCAAGCGGGGCUAGAGAGGAGGAGGGACUUUCUUGUUGUUCCCAUGUUGUCUGUCUCCUGCCUGCUUCCACAAGGAUCCCACAGCUGAUGGUCCUCCGGAGUCCCGUGGCCUCCCCCUGGCAUUCAUUUCCCCCGGGCUUGCAGAGAGUGGAUCUGUGGGAGUCCAGCCUUAAACCUGGAGAGGGAGGGAAACAGGAUUUCCUUUCCUGACCCGCUUUGCUGCUUUGGAGCAGCAGCACUGAAGAAACCAGCAGCUCUGUGGGGAAACCGGCAGGACCACAUAUGCCCCCUCACUUAAAAAGCAGAGGAGUCGGUAAGCGGGGGGAAAUGUCGUGGGAAGCAAGCAGAGCCAGCCAAGCUAGUUUGGACAGAAUGUGCUGCAGACCUUAUCCAGUCUGCUCAGAUCCUUCCCCCCAAGCUCAGAACACUAUUGAUGCCUGUAACAUCCGUGUUGGCUUCCUUCUCCGGUAAGAGCUUGUGAUCCUAAAGUGCGAAUGAAUUUUUUUCCCCUGGGAUAACUCCUCCCUGCACUCUUCCUCCCCCAUCUUUAGCUAGGAAAGAACUGUUUGACAUGUUUUACUUGCAAAGCUGUCUGUGCUGAGGCCAUGGCCCGUGCUGCGGGUGUGUGCUCCAGGAUAUCUGGACCACUGGAGUCAGCCGUGUCAUCUGGAGAUGCUCUCAUCUCGUUGGAGAUGCACAGGUUCUGCAUCAAAACAGACAUGGGAAGAGGUGGACUGGGGGUGCUGGGGUUCAUGUGCCUUUCUUGGCAAGGGAUGAUGGGGACAGAGCCUCCUCCUGAAUGGUUCAUAUCUUGCUUUCCAGAGGCUGUUUUGAUAUCAGGUUGGAGGGAAUUUGUUGGCACACUGGUUUUGCGAGUGGUUUUCUUCUGGUUUUACUUACAAAUUUGACUUCUGUGGUGCAGCUUUGUCUUUCUUCCCCACUACUUUUUGGCCCUUCCCCCCCCCCCUCCUGUUGGAGGAGGAAUAUUGAAUUUUAUUUUCCCGUUCUUGUUGGGGAAAGCAUGUAUGUAUGUGUAUAUAUAUGAGGGGGCAGGAGGGAAUGUCUAGCUUCCUGCCGACAGGGUGCUGCAUGGGUUAGGAGGAAGAAGUACAAAUGCUUGCGUGCGUGAAAAAGCUCUGCCUCCCUGGAGAGUGAGGUGCUCACCCCCAGACGGAGGGCGGUUGCUCACAAACGUCGUGGCGAUCGGUUCCAGCUUAGACCCGCAGCCGGGGUUCCUCUCCCGCGCUCGUAGCAAGUUGCCCAAAAGCCGCAGGCUUUGCUGCUUCAACCUAGAAGUCGCUGGGCGUAAGAGGUGGUUACCGAGGUGGUGGGAGAGGAGAGAGGCCCUGCGGGGGGCCCUGCACCCCCGGGAGACGCCCGGCCCCCCUCGGCGGCGGCGGCGGAGCGGGAGCGCGCCCCGCUCCAGGCUUCGGGCCGAGGGGCCGCGCGUGUCCCGGGCAGGGCGGCCCCGAGGGCGGCCGGCCGCGCUGCGCCCUGGCCCCCGCCGGCGGGCGGUUCUCCCCCGGCCCGGGAGGGGGGGCGGCGGGAUCCUGCGGGGUUUGACCGCCCCCUUCCUCGGGGUUUUUUUUUUUUUUUCUUUUCUUUCCUGUCUGAUCUUUUCAUGUAAAAAAAAAAAAAAAAUGUGUAUGUCAAGUUAAACUUUUGUGCUCAAAAUAAAAUAACCUCUGUAA